CAUGAAAAGAGCAUUCGACUGCUCAAAAGGGACGACAAGUGCUGAUAUCGCCACUUUUACUUCCUUGAACCGUACAAACCGUACAAUAUGGCUUCUGCAAGGCCAGAAGAACGGAAUUUUAAAGCAGUUUUGUCCAUGACUCGAUCGGAUGACUCUUCACCAGUUUUUUUUAAAGUUGAUGGUGAAAGAUUCAAAGAAAGUCGCACACUGAAACUUCAAGUGGAUACAAGUUACAAAGUUGGCCUUGAAUUUAGACCUCCCAUGAUUUUAAGUGAUGCCACUAUUUCUGGUAGCUCAAUCAAGCCAGAAAUAAAAAAGAACGACCACAGCUGUACGAGUUAUGACUGUACACUUUCCACCCAUGGUAUGUCAUCCUCUAAGAGUAAAGACCGUUCCUACAUGGUCCUUUGCCUAAAGUUUACAGACCAGCAUGAAAUGACGAUACAGAUUCAGACCAAGUUGUAUUCACAGAAAGACAAGAAUCACGUUAUGUGGGGUUCCUGUCUCAAGUCUCUAGAUUUUGAAUGCAAGAUGAAAGAUGGCCAGAAUUUUGUUGAUGUACAGAAAAUUAAUUUCAGAUAAACUCUCAAAAAUAUAGAAGUAUGCGAGAUUAAUUUUUAAAAGUCUUGGUGGUUAAGAUUGUUUUUGUAAAUUAUCAUCAAAAGUGACAUUUUGCUUGACCAAAUUUAAUAUAAUAUGCAAAUAUAUAUUAGACACAUUAAUUAGACUACAAGAUAACAUGUCAAACACUUUUUUAUUAAUCUUUUAUUAAAUCUAACAAAACUGG